GAUUGACAAGUAACUCUUUGGUUGGUUUUGAAACUAUAAAUGAUAUAACUUUAGAGUUAGUAACUGAUGAAAUAUCUAGAUCAGAAUUACAUGUAGAAAUAGAGCCGAAUGAUACCAAAACUUUCAAUUCUCAGUGGGUACCUCUUUUUCAUCAUGGGAUUUAG